ACGACCCGGCAUCGUCACAACGGACGGCAUCCGGAGCGGUGUAGCGCGACGCGCGACGAGCAGACUACUCCGGCUACACACCCCACCGUGCCCCGCCGACGCCGCACGCCUAUAUAACCGCGCGGAGCGCGGACCGACCGGCAGUCGCUGUGCUGAGCCCGAGCAAGGCACAACGGCUCCUCCGCUUGGUGUGGCGGCGUGGAAGCCCGCGUUCGCCCCAAGUGUCCCUAGGUAUAAGUCUCCCGGCCGCGUGGCGCCCCGCGUAGUUAGCCAGGAGACUUCCCCCCUCCUUCCCCCGUAGUAUAACCUCUCCCGGCCGCGUGGAAGCCCGCGUAGUCAGCCAGGGUGGUCAUCCCCAGCACCGUUCCCCCGUAGUAUAACCUCUCCCGGCCGCGUGGAAGCCCGCGUAGUCAGCCAGGGUGGUUAUCCCCAGUACCGUUCCCACCGUAGACCUAUCCCGGCCGCGUGGAAGCCCGCGUAGCUAGCCAGGACGGUUUAUUCCCGACCUUGUUCCCCGGGGAACGUUCCGUUAUCCACUAUUUCCAGGGCACGCUGCCAAACCUCGGGUUAUCACAUAUACGUAUCAUAUUCAUAUAUAUAGUUGGAUAUAGCUCGCUCCCGUCUGGAGCGAAACCAGUGUAAUUAGACCUAAGAGUUCUUUAUAAAUAAAAGGCGCGUAAGACGCCAGUUUGUUACUUUUAAGUGGUGUUUCUUAUCAGCUCAUCCUCCCUACCCUGAGUUAGCUUGGAAACCUUCACAAGGCCCCUCAGGCUGAAGGAUAUGUGUGGCUCGCCCUCUGCGACGACCAUCACAUUUGGCGCCCAACUUUAAAACUCACUAGGAGUUUCGUUAGCUCAGGAGGAUUCUGAUAGGCUAGGGCGUGCACUCGACGCGUCCCACCCACCCGCUUAGAAACAUUAAUACCGAGACUUAGCCGCAUUACGCCGGCAACCGUAGGUAGUCAAUCCGUCCGUACCGAUACCGAAAGUCGAGCGUAAGUAUCCCGACGCGCCGACCGCACCAGACCGUCAUAAUGUCAACAGCCUGGAUUUACCAGUUGAAGAGGCCAGAGCUAGUUAAAGCAGCUGAGGAAAGGAACAUAGAGACCGAAGGGUUAACAGUGGAUCAGUUGAGAAAGUUACUGGUAGACGCCGUUAACCACCAGACCGCCGAAGCCGAGGGAAAUAAACCUGACGAGUUCAAAACACCAGAUAAGAAGCAUAACGCAGAGAUGGACCAGCCCGGAAAAAUGAGUCGACCGAAGAUCAUAGGGAAAAUAAUAAAGGAGUGGAACCUUACCUUCAAACCCGGUGACAGCGCGGUCGAAUUCAUAGAGAGAAUAGAAGAGCUAAUUUCGGCUAGCGAGAUAGCAAAGGAGGAUGUCCUGCUCGCGUUACCCCGGAUACUGCAAGGGAAGGCCUUACUCUGGUAUAGGAACAACGUGGACACGUGGAACUCAUGGGAAGAGUUCAUAGAGUUAUUUAAACUAUACUAUUUCCCCGCUAAUUAUGAAGAUAACUUGAUCGCGAGUAUAAUGUCCAGAAAACAGAAGUAUAAAGAAAACUUCACCGAUUAUCUCACCGAUUUACAAACUUUAAUGAGACGUUAUGGAAACCUGUCCGAGAAAGAGAAACUACACCGAAUAUACGAAAACAUGCAGAAAAAUUAUAAACUUUACGUCAAGAAGCAGGACUUCAAGGACCUACCAGGUUUACUACAGCUUACUUCCGAAUAUGAAAAUAUAAUAUACCCGUAUGAUAACCGGUUUAUGAGGGACAAACCGCAGGAAGAGGAAGACACGGCUCCGCAGACAGACCAAGGAUGGUCACCGCCGACGGAAGACUCCGUGAAUAGACGCCGACUACAGAGAAGGGGUACCGAACCAGACAUAGAAGAGAAAAUAAACCCCAAAUACGACACAGACACGUGUUGCUGGUCAUGUGGAAAGCCAGGACAUGCAGCAAGUGAAUGUCGGUCAAAAGGAAGGCUAUUCUGCAGCAUAUGUGGAAAAAUGGGGACACUAAGCAAGAAUUGCUGCAAGAAGAAACAAUGGGGGAAAAAUGAAUCCGCAGGAGCCGCGGGUGACCGAGAAGACAACCGUAUAUACGAACGUGUGAGGUUCAUGGCUAAAGAAUACCGCUGCCUGGUGGAUACGGGUUCUACAAACACGUACAUAAACCAACAGACAUACAGGGAGUGUAUGGAGAACGGCGCGGUGCAGGAAGAGGUUCACAGAGAAGUGACACUCGCAAACGGCGGAAGAGCGCAAGUGAACACUAAAGUGUUGGUAGACAUACAAAUAAAGGGCAUACGAAUCAAACACUGGGUUCGAGUACUGCCCUCAGCAUCGUGGAUAAUCAUAGGUAUGGAUGUUCUGCGACGCAUCGGUAUGACCAUCACGUUGGCCGCAAGCGCUUCCCCUCGAGAAAGCCAAGGCACUGGCGGAAACGGGAGUACACAAAGCGCAUCACGCAAAGAAAAUACACCGGAACUGGAAUACACUAAGAAGUACUACCCAAGGAACCCCACACAACGAGAGAUCAGAAGUACAUAUGUGAAAGAUGCUCUGAAUCAAGGUAUAAUUCAGAAAUCCGAUAGCCCGUACAGUUCACCGGUCCGGAGUGGGAAACAUAACCAUAUCGCGGACGAACUAUCCAGAAACCUUAUAUGUACAGCAGAAGAACAUAAUUUGUGCGACAGAAAACACACAGAAAUAGGAAACGCCGCGGACCAGCCACAGGAAUGCUGCGUCAAAGAUGGCAAGCUUUACAAGAAAGUAACCAGACCCGAGCACCGGAGAUCAAAAAACAGACCAGAGCACCGGACUAGCGCCAAGACCUCAACUCCCGUCAACUGGAACCCGGAGGAAGACCGUACAGCGGCAAUACUAGAGCCGCCAGGUGAUCGAGGGAGACAUAUUAAUCGACGGAGGCGGGAUACUGAGGCAUUGCGCGGAAGUACGAACCCAACCCGACACCGAAACCCAGGCCCGCCCGGAACCCCACAUCGAGGUACAGGUCGAAGCGGACAACCGACCGAUAGGGGACCUCGAUGGGUAUCAGGCCCAAGACACGGCCUACAUAAAGAAAUAGACCGACAUGGAUCACUGAACCGAUUAGCAGCGACCGGCGCCGACAGAACGAAUCGCGCAACGAAAAGGAAAAAGAAGAAGUGGUCGAGGCGGCGCAGGACUGCAGACUACUUAUCCGAACUAAACAAAAGCCAAGAGAAAGGCAAUAAAAGGAAAAGCGAAUUCCGCAAAUAAGAAAAAAUAAACCAAGAACGGUUUUGUUUUAUUUUAUAUAUUAUAUUUUAUUUUCACUUUCUUUCAUUUACUUCCGUAGAUAAGAUACCGAAGAUUUGACCAGUUUAUUAUUUUUCUUUUCUCCCCGGUAGAUUUUAUUAAAGUAGGUAAUAUUCCAGAAUACAUAAAGCUAAGAAAAUAAUUAACCCUAAUCCGUAAAUAAAUAAAUACCAGAAUGGAACAGUAGAUACAUACUUAUUUCAAUUAAAUAAUUAAGUAAAUAUAACUAUUUGGCGUUGCAAUACCCAAAUUAGUAUUAUAAGUACCAGCAAGGGGUACACCUAACCAGUUUCAUUAACGGUGAUUUUUACCCUAGGCAAAAAUCUCCUCGUCGGGGGAGGCACUGUGACGACCCGGCAUCGUCACAACGGACGGCAUCCGGAGCGGUGUAGCGCGACGCGCGACGAGCAGACUACUCCGGCUACACACCCCACCGUGCCCCGCCGACGCCGCACGCCUAUAUAACCGCGCGGAGCGCGGACCGACCGGCAGUCGCUGUGCUGAGCCCGAGCAAGGCACAACGGCUCCUCCGCUUGGUGUGGCGGCGUGGAAGCCCGCGUUCGCCCCAAGUGUCCCUAGGUAUAAGUCUCCCGGCCGCGUGGCGCCCCGCGUAGUUAGCCAGGAGACUUCCCCCCUCCUUCCCCCCGUAGUAUAACCUCUCCCGGCCGCGUGGAAGCCCGCGUAGUCAGCCAGGGUGGUCAUCCCCAGCACCGUUCCCCCGUAGUAUAACCUCUCCCGGCCGCGUGGAAGCCCGCGUAGUCAGCCAGGGUGGUUAUCCCCAGUACCGUUCCCACCGUAGACCUAUCCCGGCCGCGUGGAAGCCCGCGUAGCUAGCCAGGACGGUUUAUUCCCGACCUUGUUCCCCGGGGAACGUUCCGUUAUCCACUAUUUCCAGGGCACGCUGCCAAACCUCGGGUUAUCACAUAUACGUAUCAUAUUCAUAUAUAUAGUUGGAUAUAGCUCGCUCCCGUCUGGAGCGAAACCAGUGUAAUUAGACCUAAGAGUUCUUUAUAAAUAAAAGGCGCGUAAGACGCCAGUUUGUUACUUUUAA